AUGAAGGCAAUAACACGGGUGUUUCUCAUGGUGGCUGUCACGGUGAUUAAUAUCAAUUGCGGAACCCUGUAUCUUUACUCGGCGUAUAGCCCUCAAUUGGCCCAAAGAUUAGGCUAUACAACACGAAAUGCCUCUAACAUUGCCACAGCUGGUCAGCAAGGAGUUCUUUUUUCGGCACCUCUAGUAGGACUGAUCAUCGAUAAAUAUGGCUACACGCCAGCGAUGAUACUGGGAUCAAUUAUGAGUUUUUCAGCAUAUUUCCUACUCAAGAUUCAGUUCGACCAUGAGACAUCAAGCGUGUGGAGAUCUUCCAUGUACCUCUGUUCAGUUGGAAUUGGAUCCACAUUCGUUAAUAGUGCUACCCUCAAAUGUAGUAUGUCCAUUUUCCCCAACAUGAAAGGUUUGGCAUCGUCGUUGCCUCUGGCAAUGUAUGGAGCCAGCGCUACAUUUUUCUCUCUGGUUGGGGCUACGUUCUUCCCGGGAGAUACGUCAGCAUUUUUAGGGUUUAUUGCCUGGGCAGGUCUUGUGAUUAGUUCUCUGUGCGUUCCGAUCGUUUGUUACUAUGAUUUUUCACUGAUGAAGAGUAAAAACAAAAAGUUUGAAGAACAGGACAAUGAGGACGAAGCUAAUGUUCAGCUAAUGAGCCCGACAUUCGCAAGCCAUGACAUAGAGCUGACUCAUUUCCAAAGCGAUGUAAUGAUUAGCCCUCGUCAUUCAAGACCUGUUUCACCGUUUGAAGUGGAGAUGGACCAUCCCUCCGACACACCUAAAUGGACACUUACCAGUAAGUCGGUCGAGUCACCAGAGAUGAAUAUCAGACAAUUAAUAAAACGGCCAGAAUUCUGGAUGUUAUUUGCGGUGCUUGGCUUCCUAGCAGGCUUGGGCCAGAUGUACAUUUAUUCUUGUGGUUACAUGGUUAAAGCAUUAACCGGAGGAUCAGAGGACAUACUUUCAAUUGCAGACUUUUCAAAAGGAAUCGACAAAUUCCCUUUAAAGGUGGAAAAGUAUUUACAAACACAGCAACAACUGCAAGUUAGUGUUAUUUCUAUAUCUUCUACUUUAGGCAGGUUGAGCAGUGGAGUAGUUGGAGAUUUGACCAUCAAGAAGUUUAAAAUCCAAAGGACUUGGUUUCUAUUUGUUCCUACUAUCAUCAUAUUUGCCACGCAGAUCAUGGGGCUUAUCGCCUCUUCCUUAAAGAGUCUCUUGGCGAUAUCAAUGUUACUUGGAUUCGGGUAUGGAUUCACCUAUUCGACGUACCCCGCAAUUGUUUGCGAUCUAUAUGGAUUGAACAAUUUUUCCAUGAAUUGGGGAGUGUUCAUGCUAUCAGCAAUGCUGCCCAAUAUGCUAUUGAAUCACCUAUUUGGAUCAGUUUACGACAAACAUAUCAAACCACUGAAUCUUGACUACUUGAAGGGGAGAAUUGAUGAUAAGACGAUGGAAGAACUUGUGGAAUUUUUGCAGAAAAAGCCAAUGAACGUAUGCGACGAUAAGGUAGACUGUUAUCGAGAAGCUUUCGGUUGGACAGCAGUGAUUAGCUUUGUGAUUAUACAGCUCGUAGUCUACAUCAACAUUAGAGGAAAGAAAAUGAGGGGACUAAUAAAAGUUGGAGGGAGAUUGGGCGGGAACUCUCGCGAUUCCUCGUCUGUGGACGGGGAAAGAGAAACAUAG